CGCAGCUGCAGGGGCGGCGAAGCGCCGCGCGUGGGCGAGGCCUCGCUGCUGCUCGCACCAGCUCCGAAAUCGGAGCACCGCGGGCGCGCGCUCUGGGCGCUCCUUCCUUCGGCCUUUGCUCCUCCUCUGCUCCGGGUCCUCCCCUGACCCCUCCUUCCACCCUCCCCAGAGGAUGCGCUCCCCCGCGCCCAGCCGCAGAGGCCACCGCUCCCAGAAAUGCGUGCGCCCGAGCCCCUUCUCCCGGACCCGAGGAGCCGGCGCCCCCGCCCUGUAGGGCUAUGACUUAUUGAUUAAAGCGAAGGAUUUUCCAAAUAUUUUGCACUUUCAUUGUGUAUUAUGGAUACCAAGGAAGAGAAGAAGGAACGGAAACAAAGCUACUUUGCUCGAUUGAAAAAGAAAAAGCAAGCCAAACAAAAUGCGGAGACAGCCUCAGCUGUAGCCACAAGGACACAUCCAGGGAAAGAAGAUGCUAAUGCAGUCAUUUUGGAACCAGACAAGUGCAACAUUGCUGUAGAAGAAGAGUAUGUUACUGAUGAGAAGAAAAAAAGAAAAAAUAACCAGUUAAAAGAAAUCAGACGUACAGAACUGAAGAGAUAUUAUAGUAUUGAUGACAAUCAAAAUAAAACACAUGAUAAAAAAGAGAAGAAGAUGGUGGUUCAGAAGCCCCACGGCACCAUGGAAUACACUGCUGGAAGCCAGGACACCUUAAACUCCAUAGCACUGAAGUUUAACAUCACUCCCAAUAAAUUAGUGGAACUGAAUAAACUUUUCACACAUACUAUUGUUCCAGGCCAGGUCCUUUUUGUGCCAGAUGCCAACUUCCCUUCUAGUACUUUAAGGCUAUCAUCAUCUAGUCCUGGUGCUACUGUCUCUCCUUCAUCAUCAGAUGCAGAAUAUGAUAAACUGCCUGAUGCUGACUUAGCAAGAAAGGCCUUAAAACCCAUUGAAAGAGUCUUAUCGUCUACUUCUGAAGAAGAUGAGCCAGGAGUGGUGAAAUUUCUAAAAAUGAAUUGUCGAUACUUCACUGAUGGAAAGGGUGUGGUUGGAGGUGUCAUGAUUGUCACUCCUAACAACAUCAUGUUUGACCCUCAUAAGUCUGAUCCCCUGGUCAUUGAAAAUGGGUGUGAGGAGUACGGCCUCAUCUGCCCCAUGGAAGAAGUGGUUUCUAUUGCCCUCUAUAAUGACAUUUCCCACAUGAAGAUCAAAGAUGCCUUGCCAUCUGACCUACCUCAGGAUCUUUGUCCUCUGUACAGGCCUGGAGAAUGGGAAGACCUGGCUUCAGAAAAGGAUAUCAACCCCUUCAGUAAGUUCAAGUCCGUCAAUAGGGAAAAAAGACAGCAAAACGGAGAAAGAACGAUGACUUCAGAUUUCAAAUCAACAGGACCUCUGGAGAAGUCAACAGAACUCACACAUACAAAGCCCUCAGGUAGCUCGGUGUCAGGGAAAUUAAAGAAACUGGAACCCACUAAGGCGACAACCCUGAGUCAAUCUCCUGUAGUUACUAAGCUCAGCAAGGAACCUUCUGACAUGCGCACUGCAUUUGAAUCUACAGCCAAAGAAAAUUCCCUUUUAGGGGAAGAUGAUGACUUUGUUGACUUGGAAGAACUUUCAUCUCAAACCGAGAGUGGAAUGGACAAAAGAGACCCAUCGAAGGAAUGCCUUUCGGUUGACCCCGAGAAACGAAAGAAGGCUAAGUCACAAAUAAUCACUUCUGCUAUGGACAUGCAGGGACAGUCAGCCCUGAACUUUUCAAAAGUAGAGAGUGAUGCUGAGCUAAAGGGAGCCCUAGACUUAGAAGCCUGUGAGAAACAAGAUGUAAUGCCAGAAAUGGACAAGCAGUCGGGUUCCCCAGAAAGCCAGGUGGAACACACACUGAACAUUCAUGAAGAUCUAGAUAAAGUUAAACUCAUUGAGUACUACCUAAAUAAGAAUAAAGAAGGGUCGCAGUUAUCUGAAAAUUUGCAGAAGAAGGAAUUAAGUGACCACAAAAGUACUGAGCCAGUGGGAAUAGACAUCACCCUUAGUAGUUCUCUUCCCCAGACUGGUGACCCCACAACUGAGAGCAAUAAAGAGCCAGAUAAAACAUGGGUAAAGGAGAGAGAGCCCCUUCCACUGAAACUAGACACCAAUACUGAAGAAAAUAUGGUAAAAGAAUCCUUGGACUCUACUCUGGACAAUAUCUGUCAAGGUGCACAAAUGGAUAAUAAAUCUGAAAUUCAAUUAUGGCUUUUAAAGAGAAUUCAGGUACCUAUUGAAGAUAUUCUUCCUUCAAAAGAAGAAAAGAGCAAGACCCCACCCAUGUUUUUGUGUAUCAAAGUGGGAAAACCAAUGAGAAAAUCCUUUGCCACUCACACUGCCGCCAUGGUCCAGCAGUACGGCAAACGAAGAAAGCAGCCAGAGUACUGGUUUGCUGUUCCGCGGGAAAGGGUGGAUCAUUUGUACACAUUCUUUGUUCAGUGGUCUCCUGAUGUCUAUGGGAAAGAUGCCAAAGAGCAAGGCUUUGUGGUGGUGGAAAAGGAAGAACUGAAUAUGAUCGACAACUUCUUCAGUGAGCCAACAACCAAGAGCUGGGAGAUCAUUACCGUUGAGGAGGCGAAGCGCAGGAAGAGCACGUGCAGCUACUAUGAGGACGAAGAGGAGGAGGGGCUACCAAUCCUGCAGCCUCAAAGUGCGCUGCUGGAGAACAUGCACAUAGAGCAGCUGGCCCGACGCCUUCCAGCAAGGGUGCAAGGGUAUCCGUGGAGACUGGCCUACAGUACCAUAGAGCAUGGAACCAGCUUGAAAACUCUCUAUCGGAAAUCAGCAUCACUAGAUAGUCCAGUCCUAUUGGUCAUCAAAGAUAUGGAUAAUCAGAUUUUUGGAGCAUAUGCAACUCAUCCCUUCAAGUUCAGUGACCACUAUUAUGGCACAGGCGAAACUUUUCUCUACACAUUUAGCCCUAAUUUCAAGGUCUUUAAGUGGAGUGGAGAAAACUCAUAUUUUAUCAAUGGAGACAUAAGUUCUUUAGAACUUGGUGGUGGAGGGGGAAGAUUUGGUUUAUGGCUAGAUGCUGAUUUAUACCAUGGACGAAGCAACUCAUGCAGCACCUUCAAUAAUGACAUUCUUUCCAAAAAGGAAGACUUCAUUGUGCAGGACCUAGAAGUGUGGACAUUUGAGUGAAAUUUGGACUGCCUUAAAAUAUAACAUUAAAAAGACUGGGUUGGAUCAGCCCUCCUAAAGCUGGCUGGAAAAUGAAGCCCCAGCCCAGGCUGCCUCAUCCCACAAUGCUUUCUUUCUGCCAUCAUCUCAGAGCAUGGUCAACUUUGCAAAAAGAUCCUGAAAGGUACGUGUGGAGGGCAGACACUGAAGAAAGAAAUUUGAAGUCCAGAUUGUUCAAAGACUUUGUUCUUCCACUUCUUUCAAAUCCAUACAGUGAGGAAUUGGAGUGUUUAUAUGAGUUGAAUGCAAUUUUUAUUUUUGGUAACUGUGAAAAAAAAGAUACUGUGGAAAUAUAUCCAUGCCUUGUGUAUUUAUCAGCAUAAAUUUUCAUUGCAAAAUGUACAGCUAUUGUUUGUCAUGGAAAAGGUUAGUCUCAUUUAGAAAAAUUGAAAGGACACAGCACUUAAAGGGAAUAUAUAUGAUUUUUUUUAAAAAAACAGUUUUAUUUAUUAUUUCUAGUGUAUUGUCUAAAAUAUGUUGGCAGGUUUUUUUUUCUUUUAAUAUGUCAAAUCUUGAAAUAAAUAAAUGUAUACAUUUGUGCUAUGUUUUGGGAACAAGUCUGUUUGAUUUAUAUAAUUUUAUAUUGAUUUUUUUUUGCCCUGAUUGUUUAGGGUGAUAGGUCUUAAGCAGUAUAUAUAUUUCUAAAUUUUUAAAAGCCCAUUACCAAUGUUUAUUGAUUUGACUAUAGAAAUAGUCAGGUUUUUUGUUUUUUGUUUUUUGUUUUGUUUUGUUUUGUUUUUUUGGUACCAGGGAUUGAACUCAGGGGCACUUAACCACUGAGCGACAUCCCCAACCCCCUUUUUUUUUUUUUUUCAAGACAGGGUCUUGCCAAGUUGCUGAGGUUGGCUUUGAACUAGCUAUCCCCAUGCCUCAGCCUCCUGAGUCACAGGGAUUACAGGCAUGUGCCACCCUAGGCCAGCUUUCUAUUUGAUGAUUACAAAGGUACAUUUUAAAUUACCCGAACAUAUUCAUGUAAAGCAGAAUAUACCAUCUCUUGACAUUUAUAGAAAUGGAAACCUUUAUGAACCCAGACUUAAAACAAAACUUGCUUCUGAAAAAAAUUAUGUUUCUUAUAAAACCAUAUGUGUUGAUAACAAAAACUUUAUUUUCAUAGUGUUCUUUUGCACAAUUUCUCCCCCAAACGUUUACAUUAAUGAGCAGGCCUCUAUUUUAAAAGGGAGUGUUUUAAUUUCUGCUUUUUAAAAAAUCAGAUGAAAAAAAUGUCAAAUUGGACCAAUUGUCUUGGGUUUUAGACUCUUAUUUGAGAAAAAAUGCAAAGAAAUGCAUUUAUACCAAAAUUGGAAUAAAAAAGAAAACCUAUUUUUUAAUGUGAACUCAUUUUCACAUCAAAGAACCUCUUUUAUUAAAAAUAAUAAUAAAGCCUUAUAAAAAACUUAUUAAUUGCUAGACUUUUAUGAAAACCAAAGACUACUAAUGGAAAAAAAUUAAAUAAUAGCCAAAGCUGAGAAGAGGUAUGUCACAAAUUAUUUCCACAGUGAUGUUUGAAAGGAAAAAUUUAUAACAAGCAGUAUUUACAUAUUUGCAUUAAAAAAAAAGCAGUUCUUAGAAUAUUUCUCUUAUUUUAGUUCCCCAUUUUAGGCUAUUUGUAAGAGAACAAACUGUCCAAUGGCCUCUUAUCAGAUCAACAAUUAUUGUGCUAUGUUCUCAUUCCAUGCAAAUUUAAAGGAAUACUAUAAAAUUUUAAAUCCAUAGCCCAGGCAUACUUUUUAUCCAGUUUUCAUACUGAGAAUUCUUGAUAAACAUAUUGGCGGUUUAAUCUUAAUCUGCUUAUUAAAAAUAAGUUGGUGUGAGAUAUUAGGAAUGUCUCAUGAUGAUCAUGUUUACCAUGUAUGCCAUUUGCAACCAUAUGCUAUUAAUAAACAAAAUGCUCAUUUUGCAUAUAGUUCACUCUUACCUAGUUUAGUCCAUGAUACUAUACUUGUGAGAGCAUAUCCAAAUGUUGUGUUCUCUAUUUAAAACAGUAUUGUCCAAUCAGAAAUGUGUGGCCCUUCAUUUAUGGAUAUUGACUAUAUGUAAUGCAGUGCUAUCCCAAUAUUUUCAAUAAAGGAAUUUAUGCAUUCAG